AAAAAAAAAAAAAAAAGUUCUCAACUUUACCUUCUCUAGAUCCUCCAAACCACCAUGGUAAACCAGUUAGCAACCGACCCAUAUCUCCAAAUCAUUUUAACCAUUAGUCAGAUUUUUGAUUUGUACAUUGGAGUGAAUUUUCACUGUUCCUUGAGAAAGAUCCGAUCUUGAAAUUACCAAACAAAAAAUAAGGGGUGAAAAAGGAGAAGAAUUUGGAGGGACAAGAGGAGGGCGGAAGGACCCCCCAAACGGGACAGGGGUUUUGGACAAAAUUGCAAAAAGACUUGUGUGUGAUUGAUGGGGUUAUGAGCACCUGUAUCUGUCUUUGGUUAUGGAAAUGGCCAAGGCAAAGGCAAAGGCAAAGCCUAGGCAGGACCAAACUACUCCUCCACUUGUGUUCCUGUCCACCAUGAUGCUGUUUUUCUUCUUCUUGUUCUUGUUUCUUGUUUCUUGUUAUUAGUUUUCUCCCUGGUGUCUCCUCUGUCUUUUCCUACUUCUCUUCUCUUUCUUGUUCUUGAGCGUAUUCUCUUCAUGGAAAAGCAUCAACAGCACCUGCUUCUCCAUCAUCAUAAUCAUCAUCAUCAUCAUCACCAGCAGCUGCAGCAGCAACUGUCUUUGGCCAAAUCUUCCCGACAAAGUUGCAGUGAAUGGAUCUUUCGAGAUGUUCCAAGUGACAUAACCAUAGACGUAAACAGUGGAACCUUUGCUCUGCAUAAGUUCCCAUUAGUGUCUCGAAGUGGAAGAAUCAGGAAGAUUAUUGCAGAACACAGAGAUGCAGAUAUCUCCAAGGUCGAGCUUCUCAACCUCCCCGGAGGGGCCGAGACUUUCGAAAUGGCGGCCAAGUUCUGCUACGGAAUCAACUUUGAGAUCACGUCCUCGAACGUUGCACAGCUCUGUUGUGUCUCGGAUUACCUCGAGAUGACAGAAGAUUACUCCAAAGACAACUUGGCUUCGAGAGCAGAGGAGUAUCUAGAGAGCAUUGUCUGUAAGAAUCUUGAAAUGUGUGUUCAAGUCCUUCAACAGUGCGAAAGCCUCCUCCCUCUGGCCGAUGAACUGAAGAUUGUCAGUAGAUGUAUCGAUUCAAUAGCUUCCAAGGCUUGUGCCGAGCAAAUCGCCUCGAGCUUUUCCCGUUUAGAGUACAGCAGCUCGGGAAGGCUUCAUAUGAGCAGGCAAGCCAAGAGUGAAGGGGAUUGGUGGAUCGAAGAUCUCUCCGUUCUUAGGAUCGAUUUGUAUCAGAGGGUCAUAACCGCGAUGAAAUGCCGUGGAGUUCGCCCCGAGAGUAUCGGAGCUUCCUUGGUGAGCUAUGCGCAGAAAGAGCUGACCAAGAAAUCGAGCUUUUGGAGCUCCUCGUCUGAUCAGACAAAGUCCGAGGCAGGACAUGGACAUGAACAUGAACAGACUGUCGUUGAGACAAUUGUCAGCCUUUUGCCCGUAGAGAGACUUGUGGUUCCCAUAAGUUUCCUCUUCGGGUUACUGAGAAGGGCAGUGAUGGUUGACUGCUCGGUUUCUUGCAGGCUCGAUCUAGAGAGAAGGAUCGCGUCUCAGCUCGAUAUGGCAACUCUCGACGACCUCUUGAUCCCUUCGUUCCGUCACAGCGACGACACUUUGUUCGAUAUCGACACAGUUCACAGGAUCUUGGUGAACUUUUCACAGCAAGGAGGAGGAGAUAGUGAUGAUGAGAUGGACGAUGCUUCGGUGUUUGAAUGUGAAAGCCCUCGUUCUCCUUCGCAGAGUGCAUUGUUCAAAGUGGCGAAGUUAGUCGAUAAUUAUCUGGCCGAGAUCGCUCCUGAUGCUAACCUUAAGCUGUCCAAGUUCAUGCUUAUUGCAGAAGCCUUACCAGUUCAUGCUCGCACGCUCCAUGAUGGCUUAUAUCGUGCCAUUGAUGUAUACCUUAAGGCGCAUCAAGGGUUAUCAGAUUCAGACAAGAAGAAGCUUUCGAAACUCAUAGACUUCCAGAAGUUGUCGCAAGAAGCUGGAGCACACGCUGCACAGAACGAGAGGCUUCCUCUUCAGUCCAUAGUCCAAGUCCUUUACUUUGAGCAACUGAGGCUAAGAAGCUCGUUGUGCUCUUCUUACUCAGACGAAGAGCCUAAGCCGAAGCAGAACCAGUCAUGGCGGAUCAACAGUGGAGCCCUCAGUGCGGCGAUGUCACCUAAAGAUAACUAUGCAUCUCUGAGGCGAGAAAACCGGGAACUGAAGCUUGAGUUAGCCAGGUUGAGAAUGAGGCUCAAUGAUCUAGAGAAGGAACAUAUUUGCAUGAAGAGGGAUAUGCAGAGGUCUCAUUCACGCAAGUUCAUGAGCUCCUUCUCGAAGAAAAUCGGGAAACUAACCUUCUUUGGGCAUAGCUCUUCGAGAGGAUCGAGUUCUCCAUCGAAGCAGUCUUUCAGAACAGAUUCAAAGGUGAUCGAGAGGACUUGUGCAAGCACUGAUUAGCGAAGGGUUGCUUUCUUCUUCUUUUCCAUUUCUCUUUUGUUUUCUUGUUCUUCUGUAUUGCUUGAGUGACUACAAGACAAAAGCCUUCAAAAUGUGAGUGAUGUUUCUCCCA